UCUGGAAACUACAACAACAGAAGCUAUCCCAUCAUCUAAAGCACACUUUCUCCUUCAACUUUUCAGGGCAUUUUGAGAAGAUGAGUGCUUCGAGGUUCAUUAAAUGUGUCACUGUUGGAGAUGGAGCUGUUGGAAAAACAUGUAUGCUCAUUUGUUACACCAGCAACAAGUUCCCCACUGAUUAUAUACCGACGGUGUUUGAUAAUUUCAGUGCCAAUGUGGCUGUAGAUGGGAGCAUUGUUAAUCUGGGUUUAUGGGAUACUGCAGGUCAAGAAGAUUAUAGCCGGUUAAGGCCACUGAGUUACCGAGGUGCAGACAUAUUUGUCUUAGCUUUCUCUUUAAUCAGCAGAGCAAGCUAUGAAAAUGUUCUCAAGAAGUGGAUGCCUGAACUACGUCGUUUUGCACCAAAUGUUCCGAUUGUUCUUGUCGGAACGAAGCUAGAUCUUCGGGGAGAUCGAGCAUAUAUUGCUGAUCAAAUGGGAUAUGAUAUUAUAACAUCUGCUCAGGGUGAAGAACUGAGGAAACAAAUCGGUGCGGCGGCUUAUAUCGAAUGCAGCUCGAAAACUCAGCAGAAUGUGAAAGCCGUUUUCGAUACCGCAAUCAAGGCUGUUCUUCAGCCUCCGAGGAAGAAAGAGGCGACAAGACAGAAACGCCGCCAAAGAUCCGGCUGUUACCUUGCGAGUUUGAUCUGCGGAGGGUGUGAUAGUUAAAUUCGGAGACAGUGGUUGUCGACAAGGGUUGCGAAUCGGUGACAUGGUGGUGGAGAGACGAAACUGACUGGAAGAAUGAUGGAGGGAAUUGUUCAUUCCCUCAUGUAUCUAUUAGUGUUUUAUCGCUCAACUCUGUUUUUGCGUGUGUAUUUUGCUGAAAAAUUAACUUGUAGGAA